GUGGUCGUUUCCCCUGCUAUCAAAUCGGAGGUGUACGUCAUGGGGAUGCUCUUCUGCCUGGGUAUCUUCCUGUCCUUUUAUGUUCUCACCUUCCUCAUGGCCUGUGUGGAAAACAAGAGAGGUCACCAUAAGAGGGAGGGUCUGGCGCACCCUGCAGACAUGUCACCUGCAGAGACAGCCUCUCUGUUAGGAAAAGGCCUGGUUAACCCUUCGCCUUAUGAGUACGGUUCAGUCGCGGACAAUGGAAGCACUUUCAGCUCAGAAGUGAUCACUGACAGUAUAGCAUCAGCCGAUGUAAACUAUGGAUACAUGGAACGGUCUUUGGGGAGUGUUGGCUGCAGUCGGCAGGAUUCUCUCAGUUCUGUGGAAGAAGAUGAUUAUGACACAUUGGCAGACAUUGACUCUGAUAAAAACAUCGUCCGCACCAAGAAGUACCUCUGUGUAUCAGAUCUGGCACGCAAAGAUAAGCGGAUCCUGAGCAAAAAGUACCAGAUCUAUUUCUGGAACAUUUCCACAAUAGCUGUGUUCUAUGCCCUACCUGUGAUCCAGCUGGUCAUCACCUACCAGACGGUUGUGAAUGUGACAGGAAAUCAAGACAUCUGUUACUACAACUUCCUGUGUGCACACCCAUUGGGAGCGCUCAGUUCCUUCAACAAUAUUCUGAGUAACCUUGGUUACGUGAUGCUGGGGCUGCUCUUCCUCCUCAUUGUGCUUCAAAGAGACAUAACCCACAACCGUGCACUUGUACGGAAUGACCUGGCUGCACUGGAGUGUGGAAUCCCUAAACACUUUGGUCUGUUUUAUGCAAUGGGCACAGCUCUGAUGAUGGAGGGACUUCUCAGUGCCUGCUACCAUGUCUGCCCCAACUACACCAACUUCCAAUUUGACACAUCGUUUAUGUACAUGAUUGCUGGACUAUGUAUGCUGAAACUUUACCAAAAGAGACAUCCAGACAUCAAUGCCAGUGCCUACACUGCCUAUGCCUGCCUUGCGGCAGUCAUCUUCUUCUCUGUGCUGGGUGUGGUGUUUGGAAAAGGGAACACUGUUUUCUGGAUCGUGUUCUCGGUGAUCCACAUCCUGUUUACUAUGCUCCUCAGCACUCAGCUAUACUACAUGGGCCGCUGGCGGUUUGAUUCUGGAGUUUUCCGUCGGACGCUACAAAUCAUCUACACAGACUGUAUCACACACUGUAGUGGGCCUAUGUACAUUGACCGGAUGGUGUUACUUGUUAUGGGAAACAUUGUUAACUGGUCCCUGGCUGCAUAUGGUCUGAUUGAGAAGCCCAGUGACUUUGCUUCGUACCUACUAGCCAUUGCUAUCUGCAAUCUUCUGUUGUAUUUUGCCUUCUACAUCAUUAUGAAGCUCCGCAGUGGUGAGCGGAUCAAGUGCUUGGCCCUGGUGUGUAUUCUCUUCACAGCAGUGGUUUGGGGCUUUGCUCUGUUCUUCUUUUUCCAAGGGCUCAGCACAUGGCAGAAAACUCCAGCUGAGUCUCGUGAGCACAACCGAGAGUGCAUCCUGCUCUCCUUCUUUGAUGAUCACGACAUCUGGCAUUUCCUCUCCUCCAUCGCCAUGUUUGGCUCCUUUCUCGUACUUCUGACUAUGGACGACGAUGUGGACUAUGUACCGAGAGACAAAAUCUAUGUGUUUUAAUCCAUAGAUUGACUCUCACCUGUCCCCGUCAGUCAUUGCAUGGGCGAAAACCUACAUGCACGUGGAUGCAAAGAGUGACUGGCUGACUGGCUGGUCAGCCUGACUGUACUGCCUUUUCAGCCAGCACUUCUGUGCCCGGAGACAAGAGAAAGGUUUCAGUGUGCCAAUCAACAAAUCUUGAUCAUUACGGCCCUGCACAUUUAGAUCACGCCAUCAAGACUACUGUCAUUGCUGUCUUUUUUUAAUGCUAAUGGUAAUGAAAAUGAUAAUCAGGAUGUUUGUUUUUUAUGUGUAUAUGAUUGUGAGGGAAAAAUGUGUCUUGCCAAAUCAGUGGCCUUUAAUGUUUUGAGUCCCUCCUGUGGUCAAGUUCCAAUACUGUACUAUUGCUGAACUGAUCUUACAAGAAUUGAUUGUAUAUCAGUAAAUCAUGAACAUGCUUGUGACGAGCAGCUGUUGCACUAUUUAAAGAGAAGGAUCCACUUUUAAUAAUGGAAUAAAAUAUCUUUUGUUUUGUGUUAUGAAUGGUAUUAUGUUCUGUUACGGUUUUACAAUAAAAUGAUUUAUGGACAAAAACAAA